UUUUCAUUUCAAUUGGAUUAUUGAAUUGAUUAAUAUACUUUCAUAAUGUCUGCUAACGAUUUCUAUAACUCUGGUAAUAACAAUUCUGGUCACUACAAUCAAAACCAACAAGAAUCUGGUGAAACCGGUGACAGAGGUAUCUUAGGUGGUAUUGGUGGUGCUGCUGCUGGUGCUUAUGGUGCUGGUAAACUUGGUAACGGUGGUACUUUCACCAAGAUUGCUGGUGCAUUAGCUGGUGGUGUUCUUGGAUCUAAAGCUGAAGAUGCUGCUAAAGAUUCUUAUCACAACCACCAAGAACAUAAACAUCAUGAACAAUACGGUGGCCCUCAAGGGGGUUACGGUGGCCCUCAAGGUGGCUACGGUGGCCAACAACAAGGUGGUUACGGUGGUGGCUACCAACAACAAGGUGGUUACAGAGGUGAAGGUGAAUCCAGAGGCUUUGGUGGUCCAGGCGGUCCAGGUGGAUACGAAGGUGGAUACGGUGGCCCACAAGGGGGUUAUGGUGGUCCUCAAGGUGGAUACGGUGGCCCACAAGGUGGUUAUGAAGGUGGUUAUGGCGGUCAACAAGGUGGUCGUUGGUAAUCAAUGUCGUUGAGCGAUGUGAAUAACCUGAUUUUAUGACUUUUUGUUGUCUCUUACUUUCCACUA